ACCACGUGCUAGCAAAAAAUAUUUGGCAAGUUUGCUUGAUUUUCUUAAAGUAGCUGAGGAUGAUCGGAAGAAUAAAGGAGAAAGUCACAUCUGGUGUCCUUGUGAAAAGUGUCAAAAUUGUCAUAAGUUUAAUGAUUCUUCAAUAAUACAAGAACAUCUAAUAUGUGAGGGGUUUAUGAGUGGGUACACACGAUGGUCACGACAUGGUGAACUGUUAAUUGAUAAUGAUAUAACUGCUCCAGAGUGUAGUCAUGAUGAGGCUGAUGGUCAUUUGGAUAGUGAGAGUUGUGAUGGUUUAGAUGACAUGUUGCAUGAUCUGGAGGAUAAUGUUGCAGAAAAAGAUCAUCAAAAAUUCCAACAGUUGUUUGAAGACUCUGAAAAACCAUUGUAUGUUGGAUGUACAAAAUUUACCAAACUUUCAGCCGUGCUAAAGUUGCUUAACUUAAAAGCAAACAAUGGUUGGAGUGAUAAGAGUUUCACAAGCCUAUUAGAGAUAUUGCAUGAAAUGCUUCCCGAACAAAAUGAGUUACCUAUUUCAUUAUAUCAAGCGAAGAAACUGGUGUGCCCAAUGGGCUUGGAAAUUGAAAGAAUACAUGCAUGUCCAAACGAUUGUAUCCUUUAUAGAAACGAGUACGCUGACCUACAUGAAUGUGUUACAUGUGGAACAUCACGGUAUAAGCGAGAAAGCGAAACAGAAAAAAAUAGUGAUGUGACAAAGAAUGGCCCCCCUGCAAAACUAUUAUGGUAUUUUCCUAUCAUACCAAGACUUAAACGAUUAUUUACAAAUGCCAAAGAAGCCAAACUAUUGCGUUGGCAUGCUGAAGAUCGUACGAUAGACGAAAAUAUGAGACAUGUUGCUGAUUCACCACAAUGGAGGAAUAUUGAUUCUAAUUUUGAAGAAUUUGGUAAGGAGAUUAGAAAUAUAAGGUUUGGACUUAGUUCGGACGGAAUUAAUCCGUUCGGAAGCAUGAGUAGUCGCCAUAGCACAUGGCCGGUUCUUCUAUGCAUCUACAAUCUUCCACCUUGGUUAUGCAUGAAACGAAAAUAUAUCAUGAUGACUUUGCUAAUUCAAGGUCCAAAGCAACCUGGGAACGAUAUUGAUGUGUAUUUGGCUCCAUUAAUUGAUGAUAUGAAGGAAUUGUGGAACUCGGGCGUAGAAGUAUAUGAUGCCUACAUGAAGGAAAAUUUCCAACUUCGAGCGAUGAUUUAUUGCACCAUAAGUGAUUUUCCUGCAUAUGGAAACUUGUCAGGAUAUACUACAAAAGGAGGAAAGGCAUGUCCUAUUUGUGAAGAUGACACAUGCUCGUUAUGGUUAACAAAUUGUAAGAAGAAUGUAUUCAUGGGUCAUAGAAGGUCCCUUCCAGUAAAACAUGUGUAUCGUACACAAAAACAUUUGUUCGAUGGUAAAAUUGAAGACAGAGUGACAAGACCACCAAUGAAGGGAGAAGAUGUAUUAUCACGAGUUAAUGAUUUGAACACUGUGUUUGGAAAGUGUUGUAAAAAACCCCCAAAAAAUAUUUGGAAGAAGAGGUCUAUUUUUUGGGAGUUGCCAUAUUGGAAGCACCUGGAAGUCCGACAUUGUCUUGAUCCGAUGCAUAUUGGGAAAAAUGUUUUUGAAAGUUUGAUAGGCUUGUUAUUGAAUAUUCCUUGGAAAACGAAGGAUGGUAUCAAUGUUCGGGAAGACUUGGUCGAAAUGGGAAUUCGGCCUGAACUUGCACCUGUUAAGAAUGAUGGAAAGCGUACGUAUCUACCACCAACUUGUUAUACCAUGUCUAAGGCCGAGAAGACCAAAUUUUGUAAAUGUUUGCAUGGGGUGAAAGUCCCAUCCGGCUAUUCUGCUAACAUUAAAAAGUUGGUGUCGAUGAAAGAGUUGAAAUUGAUUGGUAUGAAGUCUCAUGAUUGUCAUGUUCUGUUGACACAUAUGAUUCCCAUUGCAAUUCGUGGAAUAAUGCCAGACGGUGUCCGACAUGCAAUCACAAAGCUCUGUUUAUUUUUUAACAUGAUUCAUUCGAAAGUGAUUAACCCUGAGGUGUUAGAUUCAUGGCAACGUGAUAUUAUCAUCACUCUCUGCCAACUCGAGAUAUAUUUUCCACCUUCCUUUUUUGAUAUCAUGGUUCAUCUAAUAUCCCAUCUUGUAAGAGAAAUUAAGGCUUGUGGUCCGAUAUUCUUACGACACAUGUAUCCAUUCGAGAGAUAUAUGGGUUUCUUAAAAGGGUAUGUAAGGAACCGACAUCGACCAGAAGGAAGUAUUGUUGAAGGAUAUGCUACAGAAGAGGUAAUUGAGUUUUGUACAAGCUAUUUAAAAGGUGUGAAAAGUAUAGGGGUUCCACAUUCUCGACAUGAGGGAAGACUUGAAGGUGUUGGGACAAUUGGAUUGAAGAUGGUAGUUCCAGACAGAAACAGUUUCCACAUUGCACAUUUUACAGUCUUACAACACAUGACAGUGGUUGCUCCAUACAUAAAUGAGCACAAGUUACUGUUAAAAGCAAAUAAUAAAAAUAAGAAUGAUAGAUGGUUGACCACUGAGCAUAAUAAAACUUUUUCACAAUGGUUGAAAGACAAGGUGAAACAAAGUUAUGGCGGAGAAAACAUGGAUCCGUUAGUAGUGGAGUUGGGGAACGGCCCACAACAUGUUGUUGCAACAUACCAAGGCUACGACAUUAAUGGGUAUACAUUUUAUACUAAGAAGCAAGAUGAUAAAACUACGCAUCAAAAUAGCGGGGUUACGCUAAUAGCAUCAUCGACAGAAUUUUAUAGCACAAAUCAUGAAACAAGGUCGAGGAUCGCUAAAAAUUCUUAUUAUGGUGUCAUCCAAGAAAUUUGGGAAUUGAAUUAUAAUUCCUUUGCUAUAGCAAUGUUGAAGUGUAAAUGGGUCGACAAUCGACAAGGUGUUAAAAUUGACAACGACGGUUUCACACUUGUUGAUCUUUCCACAGACGGUUAUGCAUCUGAACCAUUCAUCCUAGCAAAACAAGCUACCCAAGUAUUCUUCGUGGAGGACCCAAAAGAUUCGACAUGGCAGAUUGUCUUGCAUGGUAAACGACGUAUAGUUGGCAUUGAAAAUGUAGUGGACGAGGAAGAAUACAAUCAGUUUGAUGAACUACCCCCAUUUUCUAUCGGUAUCCCAUCUACAGAUGUCGAUAUUGAUGAUACUGCUUAUUUAAGAUCAGAUCACAAUGAAGGAUUAUGGAUUGCAAAAAAACGCAAACGGAAAGCAAGAAAGUAACACGUCAGGAGAAAAGACAUUAAAAUGGAAAAUAAUGGAAGAUGCUUGAACAUGAUUCAAAUUAUUUUUAGAAUUUUGGUAAGUUAUAAAUAAUUCUAGUAUUUUUGGUUAAAAUAUUAUAUUAUUUUCAUUGCACUAGUAAACUACGUUAAAAAAAGCGCUAUAAAUAUUUAUGUGUAUGCAUGUAGAUAUGUAUGUAUACCUUUAUAAUAUUAAUAUUUAUAGAUAUAGUAUAAGGAUUACUUGGCUAUUAAAAAAAAAAAAAAAAAAAAAAAAAAAAAAAAAAAAAGGAAAACG